AUGCUUUCAAAAGAGCCUCUCUGCCUCGGCGGUGUGCCUCGAGCUGCUAGAGAGACGCGCGGCGGCCUCGACGACGCAGACAGCGGAGGCGGAGACAGCCCGGCGCCGCGGCCCUCCGUCGAUCUCUGCACCCGUGGAGCCCAAAAUGGAGAGGAAAAAUGCUUCGAAGCUCCCCACGUUGGUGCCUUCUCCUGUGUCGUCUGGCCGCAGGGCGAAGACACAGAAAAUAGCCCAUGCGCCUCGGAAGGCGACGCGGAGGCAGCCGAGGCUCUCAGCCGCCGGGCGCCCUCCUGUCGUCGAGGCAGUCCGUGUUCUCAGGAUCUGCCAGAGGUGGAUGCAUGCACAACUCGCUGUAAAUCUAUUUGUCGUUGCUCCGCCGAAUCGCCCGCGGCUUCCCUCACUGCCUCAGAGGCGCUUCCGCUCGGUGCGCCGGUGAGCGCAGCGCACCGAGGAGAAGACGACGCGGAGGGCCUUGAGAAAGAAGCAUUGUCAGACAGCAGCGGCGACGGUGAAGAAGGCAGCAGAGAGUUGUUCCCAGUCGUGAUUCCACUCGAUGAGGAGACUGUGGGGCGAGGUGAUCAUGGAGCGGGCUCGCCUCGUGCGUCCCCCAACUUCUAUUCACAUCAUGGCCGCAUGCGGACGCGAAAUAGUCCGGCUUCCUCUGCUUCAGACACACCUCCACCAUCUGCCAAGGCAUUCCAUCUCUCACCCGAGUUGCCUACUCAGCUUGUUCCGCUCGCAACCCCUGCGGAUUCUCCCUGCGGACCGCCACCAGGCGCCCCGGCCGCGUCUCCUCUCGCUCCUGCCUCUUCUUCUUCCUCUUCUUCUUCCUUUCCUUUCGCUUCUUCUCGCUCCCAGUAUCGCUCUCCAGGUUCGCCCUCGCCUUCCAUCCAAGGUGAAUCGAGCCCGCAGCCAGCCGGGGCGGCCUCGCCCUGCGUCGCUGCGCAUGUCUCUUCGGCUUCAGGGGCUUUUGGCCUCGGCGAGCCCACGUCCCUCCUCGCGUUGGGGGUUCCGCGCCCCGAGGCGGGUCGCGAUUCAGAAGACUUCGGCGACAUUGACGCCUUCAGCGACAUCUCCGCUUGCCGCCGGCGGCCCCCGGCGCCUGUGCGCAAGUCGUUUGUCAACGCAGGGAUUCCAGUCUCCUUCAUAAAGGGCGGGGGUCCGCCCUGGCGAUCCGCCUCCGGCGCCUGCGGCGCGUCCGGCGCCCAGCCCUCGGCGCACAGGGCCGCCACUCCCCCCGCCCCCCCGUUUUUCUCCUUCCGAGACCUUUCUGAGGAGUCUCGCCGGCUGGCGAGCGGCUUGGCCGCGUCGCCUCCUGCUGGAGACCCAACUGGGGCGCUGUGCGGAGGCCGGCAGGGGUACUACCUCAACGCCGCGACGGUUCACGCAGCCGCGCAGGCCGCCGCGGCGCUGGAUGGAAGUCGAACGGCCGCAGGGGUCGCUGGGUUUGAGGUGGACGAAGGCGCCGGCAGAGAGCCCCGGGGCGUCCCUCCGUGGUUUCCGAGGGCAGCCGACGCCGCAGCGGAGAGCGGACGGGGCCCGCCAGAGGAUCACGCAUCUGCUCUUCGAGGAGAGGCUGAAGGAGGCCCCGGAAAUCGGCGUGAAGCGCCGCCGUCAGUUCUGUCGAGCCUGGUGCAUGCGGCGGAGCGGCAGGCGACCAGCGAAGCUGGCGUCCUCGGCGCGUGCUGCGCGCCAGAGAACUUGACAGCCAGCAGCGGCACGAGCCGCGGGCCUUCUCCGUCGCCUUCUGUCUCGGCGCAGACAAGCAGGUCGAGCGGCAGACUCAUGUGGCUAUGGGGCGGUGCUGGCGGGAUCCGCCGAGACGCGCAGGACUCGCGCGAGCAGCCCGUCUCUCCCUGCCUCAUCUGCGGCUGCAGGAGGCAUCGCUCGGCUCCUGUUCCUGGGGGCAGAAAGGCCGAGGGCGACACAGCAGGGAAGCGGCGACAGAACGCUCUCGACUUGGCUGCGCAGACCCGCAGGGACGGCGCCGCCACGGAGCUCAGUCAGCGCAUGCGAGGAGGCGGAGGGGGCAACACGGAGCUCGAACGACUCUUGGAUUCCGAGACAGAGGCCGCGAAUCGCCAGCUCGCGCUCGAGGACGCACUCCACCGCGAGGACCUUGAAGCCAUGCUCAACAAUGCACAGCAGGUGAAGAACUUUCUCAUCGUGAAGCUGCGGGAGUGCGAGGCGGCGCUGCUGGCGACAGCCAAAGAGCGCGACGACCUGGAGGAGAGCCUGAGGCAGCUCGGCCGCAGCUUGCAGGAACGCGAAGGCCACCGCGAAGAGGCGCUGCAGAGUCUUCGUCAGGAAAACGAGCGCCAGCGGGACGAACUGGAAAGCGUCCGCGCGGAAGUCACGAGCUUGACCGAGAGGGAGAUGCACCUGGAGACAGAAGCCGCGCAGCUCCGCGACGAGAGGACGCUGUUGCGUGCGGAAAUCCACGACAGGGUCGCUGCCAGUUCGCUGGCUGCGGAGAAGCUGCAAGGAGCGGUUCAUCAGUUGAAGGACGAGAAGAAGAUCCUCGUGCGGGAGAUCGUUGCGCUGCGUCGCUCUCUGGCGGAGUCCCGCCGCGAGUUGGCGGACGCGUUGGCGCGUGUCGACGAGCUCGAGGCCUUCGUGCCUCUGCCGCGGUCGUCCGCCCUCAGCGAGCCGCUCUCGCCGUCUGCCGCUGACUCGGCGCCUGCGUCGCCUCCGUCCACAGGCUCUUCAUACGCGUCCUUCGCCUCUCUGGUGACUGGCGGGCGCUCUGCGAAGAGGUCGCGCGAGAGGGGCGCGGCAGGAGACGACGCGGCGGCGGCGCCUCUGGCGCACAGCGCGAGCUCGAGAGGAGACGCGGUCCCAGGGGGAAGCGCACGGACAAACCCGCGGGGGCGUCACGCCCCCGCGGUCCCCACGCGCGGCGUCCCCCUGCGAGAGGCGGCGAGCGAAGGGCGAGACAGCGAGGGGGGGACCGGCGAGAGCGCGGCGGAGUCGCUCGCCUUCCUUCAGCAGCAGAGUUCCGCCGUAGGCCUGACCUUGGUUCUGUCGUCUGCGCCGACGACAGCAGCCUGCGUGGAGGCGAGAGACGACGCGAACGAAGGGACAGAGCAAGAUAGGCAAGCGCUCUGCUCGAAGGCCUGCUCCGCGUUGGGCGCGUCGGGCGCUGCAGGGUCUUCUUCGCACGCAAAACACGAGAAGACUUUGGCUGAUAAACGAAGGCCGGACGGUGACAGAGCAGAGGGGGAGAGGAGGAAGGAGAACGUGGCUGGCUUUGUGGGCGGAGCUCUUGCGGCGGGCGUUUCGCGCGUGCUGCAGCAGCUCGAAAAUGUGCUCACAGUUGAGGAAACGCUGAUAGUGCAUGCCUCCGGAGUCUACACAGAGGACGGCGUCUGCAUCGAGCGCCUCGAUCCCGCUUGCCCGCCGUUGCCCGCCGUGCUGUCCUCGCGCCGCUAUACGCCUCUGCAGAGUGAAGAGGAGGACAGCCCCGAAGACCGAAAAGAGAUCCACGCAUCGCGCCGUAGGUCGCUUCGUCCCACGCGCUCUGAAAAACAGUCCAACGCGCCAGCGCUCUUACGCGGCGAAGAGGUGCGCGGCGGCGCCGACGCGUCUGCAGCGUGCGUGUCCUCUCUCCCUUCCUCUUCUUGUUGCGCUCCGUCCGUUUCCUCCUCUACAGGGGGCGGGGCGGGGCUUCCCCCCGCGGAGGCGCCCCCGCGACGCGAGGGAGGGGAAGGCCACGCGUUUGCGCAGGGCGACGUCGUCGUCGCGCUCUCCGACAGCGAGGAAGCGGCGGCGGCGCGCAACGCGCUGCAGGCGGGGGGCGCGAAGGAGACGCUGAAGGGGCGGAAGACAAGGCUCGGGGGCGCAGUCGGGGGGACGAUGCGCGACGCGGUCUGCUCCGUCUGGCAAGUUGCGCAGGGCGUUCUCGCGGAGAAGACUCAGCAGCUCCUCCUCCAUCCCGCCGGCGCUGUCCCUGCGCCGCGCGCGCCCUCCCGGGCCUCCAGCCGCCCUCUCGCCGACGAGAGAGACGCCGUGUCGUCGCUAGCCUACGACGCGCACCCCGCGCGACGCGGGGCGUCUUCGCCCUCUGCGUCGGCGCCUGGAGGCGGCACGCCCUCCACGUCUCCUUCCGCGUCGUCUGGUCCGAAGAGGGGCGCGGGCGGAGGCGAGAAAGGGACGGCGCCUUCGCGCGGCUCGCUUUCGCCUUGGGAAAUCCUUCUCCAGAGACACCGCGAGGCGCAGGAGAUGCCGCUCUUCGGCAGCACGCCCUACCCAGCGAGCGCCGCUUGCGUCCUCGCGGGAGCAGGCGUCGGCGCGGAGUCUCCGGCGCGCGGGGCGCGGAGACAGGGCGGCGACCGCGAGCAGGAAACACAGGGCCUUUCCGCGGAGGGCGGGGCAUUCCAAAAAGGAGGCCUAGCCGAGGUCGCGCGUGUGCCGCAGCAGGGUGUCGCUGAGGGAGAAGAGGCGAACAGAGCGCGAGAGCUGACAGCCAGACGCCGCUGCCCAGACCAGGCGGAGACCCCAAACGAGGGUGCGGAGGUCUCAUCAGGGGAGGCGGGCCGCGCCGUCGGGGGGGCUCAAGGCGGAGGCGACCGCGAAGACGAGUGCAGGCGGCGAGGGACAGAAGGAGAUCUACAGGGAGACGAGAGUCCUCCCGCGGAGAGCGCAGACGCGCAGCGGGAUGCUGAGAGAAAUCUCAGCCUGGACGAAGAGAGCAGCGACCAGGAACACAGUUCUGCAGCGGAGGAAGGGAGAGAGCGAGGGAAGGAGAGGGAGCGAGGGAAGGAGAGGGAGCGAGGGAAGGAGAGGGAGCGAGGGAAGGAGAGGGAGCGAGGGAAGGAGAGGGAGCGAGGGAAGGAGAGGGAGCGAGGGAAGGAGAGGGCGCGAGAGAAGAAGAGCACGGGAGAGAAGAAGAUGGAGAGAGAGAAGAAAAAGAUGCGCGAGAAGGACAGGGAGAGAAAGAACAAGAGCCAAAGGAUAGGGCGCUGA